AACACCUGAAAAAGGGCAGAGCGGGGUGGGACAAAGCAAUGGUUAAAUCAGGGCUCCAUCCACAAACAAUCCAGGGCUAAAAAUAUCCCUCCUCUGGGCAGCACCAUUCCAGGAGAGCGAUCCCACAGCAUCGACUCGUUGCCUUUUUUGAAGGGAUCGUGGCUUUGAUAGAGCCGCACCGGGACGGGGUCACCCCACAGCCGCUGCUCUGCUGGGGGAGAAAAGCCACCGACGUGGAGCCGGGGAGGAAAGGGUUAAAGCCAUCUUCAUCCCAACGCUCUUCCUCGGCCCCUUCCGUCCUUCGCUGCUUCCAUCCCGUCGGGUUUGGUGGUCCGUAGGUCCACUGUAUCGUCCUAGAGAUGAAUUUCCUCCCUCCCUGCUGACGACAGAUGCUGGCAGGGGCCGGGCGCAGUGGCGGGGCAGGGGGGACGCGGACGAUGGACCCUCAGUAGGGUGAGGGAGCACCCUGUGCCCCCCCGGUGUGGGGUCUCCCGGUGCUGCCAUGGAGGGGUCCUCAGUGCUCAGCCCCUCCUCAUGGCAGAAACGGCGCGCCUGGGCCCGGCAGAGCCGCUGCUGGAGGACCACAGUGGUGGAGGAGGAGGCGGCUGCAGCCAUGCAGGACAUCCCAGAGCUGCAGUCACCCCACCUGGACGACGUCUUCCUCGAAGGAAGCUCCUCCAGCAAGAUAGAGACGUGGCUGCAGGACUGCGGGUCGUCCUUGGAGGCGCUGCCGGACGAGCUGUGCUCACUGGGUCCCUACGGCUGUGGGAGCAGCAGCACCAGCUUUGAGGACGACCUGACGCUGGGAGCUGAAGCUCUUCUGCUACCAGGCAACGAUCAAACCUUCGGCAGGGCUCUGCAGGGCGGACGCCUCAGCCUGGGGCACAGCAUGGCAUCCAGCGCGCCCUCGGGCCUCACCAACCGCACCGGCUCCAGCAUCUCCGAGGUUCUCGAUUGGUGCCAGGCAGACGCUGAGGAGAUCCUCUACAAUUUGGGAUUUGUGCAGCCCGGGCCGGGCGCUGUGGCUCGGAUCCCUUCACGUUUCUUCUCCUCCCCAUCCCGAGCCAAAGGCAUCGACUUCCAGCUCUUCCUGAAGGCCCAGGUGCGGCGCUUGGAGAUGGAGGAUCCCUGCCUGAUGCUGGCCAGUCGCUUCCAACAGGUCCAGGCUCUGGCUGCCACAGCAGACGCCUUCUUCUGCCUCUAUUCCUACGUCUCCAAGACCCCCCUGCAGCGCAUUUCCCCUUUGCACCUCACCUGGACCGACCCCGGCAUCCCCGAAAUCCGCAUCCCCCCCUCCCAGCCCCCCACCCUCUCACCCGCAGAGCGUCUGAGGGCGGCCGUGUCCAAGAUGUGUCUGUAUGCCCCCCCCCGGGCCGGGGGUUCCCUGGGCAGGGUGGUGCGGGAGGUGCUGGAGCGCAGCCGGGAGGAGAGGUUUUGCUUUGACCCCGAUGAUGUGGAAAGGUUGGGGGGAGCUGCUGGUUGUGGGGCGGCUGUUGGGACGUCGCCACGUGGAGGUGGGGGGUCCUCGUGGCUCGAUCAGGGGGUCCCCAUGUGUCACCAUCAGCGAGGCAUGGAGAUGGCUGUGAGAUGUGGCCAAAACUCCACGGCGGGGGCUCUGCUGUGGGCAAGGGACGCCCCGUGCCCCCCAGGAACAGGACGGGGUGACACAGAGGAUGGACAACCAUGGGUGAAUGUCACCUCGUCCCCAGCGCCGGGUGCAGUGACCACAAAUGACAGCUGGCUGCGUGCCCCCCCUGCACAGCCGGGACACAACGGGGACUCAGAGACCCCCCCCAGGGGGUCAAAAGGGGGGCAGCACCCAGGAGAGCCCCCACACCUCCAUGGGGCGCCACCCCCUCCGUCCCACUGCGCAGCGGGUGGAGACCAGUGGGGUCAGCAGAGCAGAGGAUGGAGCGGAGGAUGGCGCUGGGUGGGUGAUGCUGACCGGCAGCAGAGCGACGCAACGAGGCUGCAGCCCCCCAGGAAAGGUCCCACUGCAGGGAGCUUCGCCUCCCACCACCCCAACCGGGCUGAGAACAACGAAGCCGCGGACUCCUUCGAGAUGGAAGAGGUGGUGAGCGACAGCGACGAGGAUGGUGAUGAUGACGAUGAUGAAGAUGAUGACGACGAUGAUGAAGACACCAGCUGCUCCGUGAGGUUCCGCAGAAGUUUGAUGCUGUACGGAGUCGGUGGGCAUUCGGACAGCAGCGGCUUCGUGGAGGAGCCCCUUCCUGAGCAGACAGACUGAGCCCACCGGGGGUCUCCUGCCUGCACCACCUCCCCCCUCUUCCCACCCAACCUCCAGCACCGGAGUGCAACAACGAGUGCAGGAAAGUUUGCACCGCUGCGCUUCAGGCGACGGAACCCAUCCUCAGCCCAGAGCUGAGCACUGUGUGGACACUUGUGUGUGUGUGUGUGUGUGCAAAUGCAUGCACAAGUAUGUUGGAUGCACCCAAAACUCAGGACUGGCACCUGCACCAUCCCCCCCCCUCCCCUCCUUCUCCCUCCUCUGCCCCUUUUCCUCGGGGCUUCACUUGCACUUUGGAGUUGGCUGCUCCCCCGGCGCUUGGAACACUAGGAUGGGGGUUUUGCUGGGGAAUAGCUGACAGCACACUGGAA